AUGCCCACUUGCUGUUGUGUGCCUGGUUGUUCCACCAGGGGAGGAUUAAGCUUUCCAAAGGAAGAAAGGAUAAGAAAGCUUUGGAUUCGAGCCAUUCGACGAAACGAUGGGGAUAUGACAUAUAAACAUUGGACGCCACAGCCAUUUAGUAAUGUGUGUCACAAACACUUUCGUGAGGAAGACUUCACCUCUGAAACACAGCACGGCACUGAAUCACUAAGACGGCAGAGAAAACCUGAUGCAGUCCCUUCCAUCUUCCCUUGGACCAAGUCAAAGUGGAGUUAUGGUGUUGAUGAGAGGAGCAAGAGAGUACUUGACAGUCGUGCCAAAUUGGAGAAAGAUGACCGAGAAAAUUCGGAAAUGGAAACAGAAAUGGUUUCAGAUGUUUGCAAUGUAUAUGAAGUGGGCAACAGUGUAGAAGUUUAG